AUGCACGAUUUCUGCUUCACGAUACCGUACGGUUUGAUGCUAGUGGGUGGUGGACUGUUUGCAUACAUAACGAAAGGGAGCAUUGCUUCUCUUGCCGGAGGCGCGGGUUCCGGUUUGCUUCUCAUCAUCGCCGGUUAUCUCAGUCUCAAUGCCUUCGGCAAGCGAAAAAACUCUUACCUCGCUCUCAUUCUCGAGACCGUUUGUGCAGCCAUACUAACUUGGGUUAUGGGGCAACGAUAUUUGGAAACAUCCAAGAUUAUGCCUUCCGGUCUUGUUGCAGGAAUCAGUGCUCUGAUGACUGCGUUUUAUCUCUACAAAUUAGCAACUGGUGGUAACCAUCUCCCCUCCAAGGCUGAGUGA